CAGAAAACCACCUGUAUAACCUGAACGUCCGACCCAAAAACCCGGAUCUAUUUAAUCGGGGAAUCCCCUAUGAAAGCUAUAAAGUGACGAGUCACACGUGUUGAGCACACACAAAUAAACCUCAUCAUGUCAAGCAAACCUCGUUGUUCGAGCUUGAUCGAUGACGAAAAAUCAAAAAUUGAUAUCUGGAGUGGGACACUCGGAUCUCAGCCCGCGUCAACUCAGUGUAGUGGAGAUAGUGGGUUCACAGAGGAGACUGUCCACAGACCAGGGACAAUACGGGGAAAGCCUCGUCAUGUCGGAUCCAUGAAAUUUGUUUCAACGUCGACCUGUGACGUUGCGUCAGAUCAAUGUCUUCGGAAACGUUCCCUAAGAUCAACGAUGAGGCCAAGUAACAUUGAUAACGUCUGUCAACUAGAAGACCUUGGGGACAGUGGAACAGAGGAAUGGGGUACAGUUACCCCAUCUGGGGAAGAGAUUUUGCCGGGGAUGUCGAUGACAACAGCGACCUCGAGCGUUGCUAGGCGACCAUCCAAUGGAAGCAGAGUUCCAGAAGAGUCCGAUCAUGCAGAAUACUCGACCACGACAUCAAUGAGUAUCACAGUUACAGAAUUGACAUCCCGAUGUAGCACUGGCGGAAGGGAAAUAGAGGAAGACAUUAUUGUUGCCGAGAGGGAGGAAGUGGUCCAUUGCACCCCACGACCUGUCACCGAUCUGGUCUACAUAAACUCGUUCAAUGGGAUGCGGGUCAAAAUAAAAUGGCCGCUUUCUAAUGGCCGUUUUUUGAGAGCAGUUGAUGAUACGGACCGGCCCGUCCUUAUCACCGACAUCUACCAAAGAGAGUUCAAAGAACAAUAUUACUUCAUUAGAGAAAUCAAAAACGCAAUUGAUACGACUAACCGAAUGUAUUGCUUAAUGUGUUUCCGGUAUGACUUCCAAGGUCAAUCGUUCUACCUCACACCUGUCAAUACCACAGGGGACUGCCAGUCACAGACAUUUGGCUUCCAAUUCACUCGUGCAAACAGAAGUGAUGUUGUGACGGACGUAAUUACAGAGACAAAUAGUAAAUAUUGGUACGAAUACCAGAAACCUGCGUUUGAAAUGUUACGAUCUUUGGCCUAUAGUGACUUUUACCUCAGUAUCGAGAAAGGACGGCGGGUCGUGCUUCGAAACACCCACGGACAAACUCCCAGAACGAGGAACUAUGCCAUUCAGAUUUUCGAAGAUCCACAACCUCUCCCAGAAAGAGGGUCUGUUUCGGAAAGGUUCUCUCGAGGUGUACAAUCAUUACUUUGUAUACACUGACUGUCAUUGUUUUUUUAUUAACAUGCCAUUCAUUUUCAUUGUUAUUAUUUAUUUGUCAU